AUGGCCCGGCACCCUCCCUUCCGCCGUGUGUUCUUCUACCUCAUCGGCCUGCUGGCCUCGCUCAUCCCGGCCACGUCGCGGGCGCAGCCACCGGAGACGGUCACGGUGGGGCUCAUCAUCGACGCCGACUCGCCCGUCGGCAGGAUCGCCAGCACCACCAUCCCAAUGGCGCUCGACGACUUCUACGCCGCCUUCCCCAACGCCUCCGCGCGGGUCCGCCUUCUGCAGCACGACUCCGGCGGGGACGUCGUCGCCGCCGCGUCGGCCGCGCUGCAGCUGAUGACGGCCCAGGGCGCGCGCGCCAUCCUGGGGCCGCAGUCCUCCGUCGAGUCCGCCUUCGUCGCGGACCUCGCCACGCGCGCUGAGGUCCCCGUCGUGUCCUUCUCGGCGACCAGCCCGUCGGUGUCCCACUCCGAGGCGCGCUUCUUCGCGCGCGCCGCGCUCAGCGAUGCCAAGCAGGCGGAGGCCAUCGCCGCGCUCGCCACCUACUUCGGCUGGCGCCGCGUCGUGCCCAUCUACCAGGACGACGACUACGGCGCCGCCUUCGUGCCGUUCCUCGUGGACGCGCUCACGGCGGCGCGAGCGGAGGUGCCCUACCGCUGCGCGCUGCCCGCCGCGGCCACCAGGGAAGCCGUCGCCGCCGCGAUGUACCGCCUCGAGUCCAAGCAGACGCGCGCCUUCGUGGUGCACGCGCGCCCGGCGCUCGCGGAGCUCGUCUUCGCCGCCGCCGUGGAGGCCGGAAUGAUGGCGGAGGGCUACGCGUGGGUCAUCACCGACGGGCUCACGGGCCUCCUCGGCUCCAUCCAACCGCCGCAGGGCGUCAUCGGGCUCGCGCCCCACGUGCCGCCCACCGCGCGCCUGCGCGACGUCCGGAAGCGGUGGGCGCACAGGUUCAUGCGCCAACACCGGGACGCCGAUCCGGCUCAAGCCGAGAUGGGAUGCUACGCGCUGUGGGCGUACGACGCCGCAUGGGCCGUCGCGUCCGCGGCCGAGCGACUCAGCCCCGGCGACCUGUCAUCGCCACCGGGGCUCGGCGGCGGCAGGAGCGGCCCCACCGACUUCUCCGGGCUCGGGAAGUCAAUGUCCGGUGAGAAGUUCCUCGAGGCAAUAACCAACACUACAUUCGAGGGCCUCGGCGGCAGGUUCGAGCUCAUCGACGGCGAGCUGGCAGUGCCGGCCUUCCGGAUCGUCAACAUCAUGGACAACGCCAAUGAGCGGGGCAUCGGAUUCUGGACGCAGAAGGACGGACUGCAUAGGCAGCUUGGGCGCGGCCGCGGCGGGAUCGCGUCGAACAGCGGGCUCGCGCCAGUGAUCUGGCCGGCGGACUCGACCGUCGUACCGAUUGGUUGGGUCCAGCCGACGAGCGGCCGGAAGCUGCAGGUGGCGAUGCCGGCGGGGCACGUCGACCCUGGCUACCAACCGAUCAUGCACCUCGACGUCGACCCAGCAACGAAUCGGACGGUAGCCGGCGGGUUCGUGAUCGAGGUGUUCGAGGCGGCGGUGCGUCUGCUGCCCUACGCGCUGCCGUUCGAGUACGUCCUAGUGGGCUCCAUGCGCUACGACACUCUAGUCGAGAGGGUCGGCAAAGGGGAGUUCGACGCGGCGGUGGCGGACAUCACCAUCACGGCGGACCGGUCGCAGCACGUGGACUUCACGCUGCCGUACAUGUCGUCGGGGAUCUCCAUGGUGGUGCCGAUGCGCGACCAGCGCAGCAAGCGCCCCUGGGCCUUCCUCAAGCCGCUCCGCUACGACCUCUGGCUCGUCAGCUUCGCCUUCUUCGUCUUCACCGGCUUCGUCGUCUGGGCCGUCGAGCACCGCAGCAACAAGGAGUUCCGUGGCCCCCCGUCCUACCAGAUCGGCACCCUCCUCUACUUCGGCUUUUCAACCCUCGUCUUUGCACAUAGGGAGAACCUGAAGAGCAACCUGUCGCGGUUCGUGGUGGUGGUGUGGGUGUUCGUGGUGCUCAUCCUGCAGUCCAGCUACACGGCGAGCCUGACGUCCAUGCUGACGGUGCCGCAGCUUCAGCCGGCGAUCGGGGACUUCGCCUCGCUGUGGCGGGGAACGGACAAGGUCGGGAUCAUGAACAACUCCUUCAUGUGGGCGGCCAUGAACAAGUCGGGCUUCCCUCAGUCCAGGCUCGAGCGGUACCAGGCCACGCAGAGCUUCCACGAGGCGCUGCUCAACUGCACCAUCGGCGCCAUCGUCGACGAGACGCCCUACCUCAGGCUCUUCCUCAAGUCCUACUGCGACAACUUCACCGAGACCGCCCAGAGCAACAAGACCGGCGGCUUCGGCUUCGCGUUCCCCAAGGGGUCGCCGUACGUGGCGGACCUGUCGCGGGCGAUCCUGAACCUCACGGAGAGCGACGAGAUGAGCUUGAUCGAGCGCAAGUGGUUCGGCGAUGCGGACGGCUGCACGGCGCAGGGCAGCCAGUUCACGUCGGACAGCCUCAGCUUCGACAGCUUCUGGGGCCUGUUCCUCGUCACCGGCGCCACCUCCCUCCUCUGCUGCGCGCUGCACCUGCUCAUCUUCGUCGUGGCCAACCGCCGGAGGAUCUGGGCGUCGCGCGUGCCCUGGAGGAACAGGCUCCGGAUCUUCCUCAAGCUCCUCGACGACAGGGACCUCUCGUCGCACACGUUCAGGACCAACAAGGAUGCCGGCGGGUCGGUGGCUGGUCGGAGCGCUAACGACGCGGGCGCCUCCCCGCCCCCGGCCGUCGCGCACAUUGCAGCCGGCAGCCCGCUCAGCGUGUCCAACCACACGUACGACAUGAGUGACUGGUCGUUUGGUGUGCCGAGCCCGGCACCUGCAGCUGCAGGUGAGAAUGAGAUCGAGCUGGCUGGCGCCGCCGAGGCAGACGAGGUGGCCGCAGCUCCCAACCCCGGCGGCUCUGGUGAUCAAAGUGGCACAGUCCACUGA